UUCCCUUCCACAGACUGAGCAAGAAAUAGAAGAGCACAAGUUGCAUGAUUAGCCUGUAUGGCACGCAAACUAUGCUAAACAAUUAGCUAGUGCAGUAGACAAAUUGAUGGCUUGCAAUGUUUCCGUUAAAGAUUAUCAACAUUUUCAUCUGUGAAUCGUUACAACAGGUCAAUGACCGGAUCUGCCAAAUCGAAGAGUCAACUUUUGUCAAAUAUGUUGUUUACUCAAUGGAUAAAGGUUUCACUGAAGAUUGGAAACCUCAAAGUAAAAACAAAGUGUACUGGGAAUGGCUGAAGGGCAAAGACACUCCCUGCAUCCCUUUCGACGGCGUUCCUUUUAUGUUUAUCGGCCAGAAGGUUAUGGGGUGCCAUCGAGGCCGUGAGAAGGACAGCACAAAGAAGCAGCGUUACAUUGAAGCCAGAGCGAAGGCAACCAAGGAAGAAAUGGAAGCAAGGAAAGGAAAGAAGGGGAAGAGAGUUCACUUGAUUCAAACUAAGAAGUUGUCCUGCCCUGCCAAAGUAGCAGUCACUCGCAUUGCCAAGUUUAAUGGGUUCAAGCUGGAUACGGAUAGAGUGCGAGAGAAGAAGGCUAAGUCCAUGGCCAUCAGACAUGCGCUCCUGGAGGACCCAGCCUCAGUGGAGUGGAAGAUCCUGUACUACGUAAGAGUGCCUAACAUCUCCGACCACGUGGGCCACCCUAUCGGAAAGGGGGCGGACGACGUGGACGGCCGGGUGAGGGACUACAUUCGCUCCAUGGUGAAGCGGGGCGUGACCCGGGUGCAGGACAUGAAGGUCCACAUGGUGAAGUACGUGAGGACGGAGCUGUUCAAGGACGGGGCCGCCCCUCCACACAGGAAGUACUUCCCCACCCAGAGGACCAUCAGGGACAUCAUGACUCAAACUCGGACAGAGGACAACUUCACCAAGAUUGACCUUGCUAACCUUGUGUCUCUAUCAAACAGCUGGAAAGAGGAGGCGCCCCAGACCAGCUACCUCUUCAGGACCCAGUCGGAGACCCAGAACCUGUUGCUAUGCUACCAGACCGAGUGGCAACGGGCGCUGCUGCAUCUCUACGGCGGCGAGGUCUUCUUCCUGGACUCCGCCCACAGGCGGGCGCGCCUCCCCCUGCCGCUGUACCUCCUGGGCGUGCGCACCAACGCCAGCGUGGUGGCCGUGGGGAUGUUCGUGGUGCAGUCCCGGAGCGCCGAGGCGCUGAAGGAGGCGCUGGGCGUGUUCAGGCAGUGGAGUCCGAGCUGGAGCCCCGCGUACUGCCUCACCGAGGACUGCCCCGUGGAGAUGGAGGCUGUGGAGGGCGCGUUCUCCGGCUCUCUGGCGGUCUACAACGACUUCCUGAGGGAGAGGACUUGGACCCAGUGGCUGGGCAACCGAGCCCGUGGAGUCACAGACCAGGCGGAGGUGUUGGAGAAGAUGAAAGCCAUUGCUGGUGCACUGACCAAAGACGACCACAGGAGGGCGCUGUGGCACCUGCAGGAGAGCUCCAUCUGGUCACAGAGACCUCUCUUCAGGAACUGGUUCUCUAAAAAGUGGCUGACAGAAGAGAAGAGGUGGGUGAGCGUGGCGCGGGCCGAGCAGGUGAACCUGGUGUCCGUCAUGAACGGAGGAAUGCAGCUUCAGAAGGACUUCUUCUCCCACCAGGAGCUCCGCGUCCACAAGAGCAGCUCCCUCAGUCACAUCCUGCGUUUCCUGGCCACUGACCUUUUCCCUCAGACGCUCCAGAGAUACAGCAACCUCAACAGCCAGUCCUCCAGAGAGUUCUUCCUCAAUCCCAAAAUCCCUCCCUUCCUGUGGCACCGGCCCCGAACGGUGGUUUCCUGGAUGAUGGACAAAAUGGAGUCUGCCGUCCAGUGUCUGUUUUCGCAGGUGGAGGCGGUGGGCGAGGGGAUCUUCAGGGUCUGGAGCAGCUCUGAGGACGGCGAGAGCCACAUGCACCUGGUCCGAUUCGGCUCCGAGAGCAGCCUGCCGUCGUGCGGCUGUGACGACUGGGCGGGUCAGCGCCUGCCCUGUGAACACUUCUGCCAGGUGUUCCGGCUGCUUCCAGACUGGGGCUGGGAGCGCCUCAGCCCCCUCUACAGGGACCACCCCCUGCUCACCCUCCACACCACCCAGCCCUCAGAGGUGGAAGGGGCCGUCGCGGAGCUCGUGGACCCUGCGUCCCUGGAUCCCUGCCCGGACUGGGAUGGCCCAGAGGUCAUCGUUCCGUCCACCCCUCUGGUUGUGUCCCCUGCUACCCCACAGGCCCAAGCCUCCUCCCAGGUUCUGCUCCUUACGCCGGCCACCCCAGUUCCGCCUUGCCCGUCUGCGGCGAGGGUUCUGGACAGCACGCCAGCCGCCAGCGACCGCGACGAGCUGCAGAGGGAGUGCGAGUCCAGACUGGAGUCUGUCAUGGAGGACGUGAGGAAGAUCAGAGACUUGGAGCAGCUCCGGGAGCUGAGGCAGAAACUGGAGGUUUUUCAGGCGCAGACCCAUAGGAUAGCCGCCGCCCAGACCGCUGGCUCUCCCCACCCUGCUGGGGGGCCCGUGGGCAAGAGAAAGAGGGCAGAGGUGGACAUCAUCAUAGCAAUGCCAAAGCGUGUCAAUGUCCUCUCCAGAAUCGAUGAUGAAAAUGUUCAGAAAUAAGUUUUUUUGUUGUUGCUGUGGAUGAAUGUACUGGAUGAAUAAAGAAUGAUUUCAUUGUU